CCCACACAUACCUAAUGCGCCCUCUGACACGAUUUCGCUCUGGCAAUGCAGUGUGGGAGAACUGGGUGGAAAAUCAUCACACCCUUGUAGGGAGUAGAUAGCAUGUAUACUCCAUCAUAUCAACGGACAACUUCACUAUUGGCGACGGUUUGUUUUAGCAUUGUUUCGGGGCCCAUAUCUCUGCUUCACGGGAUCUUCCAAAUUCCCAUAUGGGACCCCGCCCCCCUAGGUAAAGCUAAAUUGUCUGGUCCCUGGGCUAUGACGCUAAUGCAGGAACUGACGAAGCUCUUGCUAGUAAUGGGAGUACUGACGGAGUUACCAGUUUCACUUUGAAUCAUAAUUAUGGUGACACCCGUGAGAUUGGAUGCCGACAGUGUCACCACCUGUAGGAGUUACGGUCACUCAAGCUUAAAAUCGCAUCAGUUGUG